AUGACUAGCGCAAAAGCAACGUUCACCAAAGUCGACGUACCCCCCCUUUGGCGGACGUCGAUACAUAUACUCAACGUCGUUCAAGACCUGGAACGACGACGUGAAGGUGGUGUGCACAGGCAAUGGUCGACAAUGACGGCAGCAGCGAAUGUACGGGCAUGA